AUGACAACUAUAUCCACACGAGGUGAAUCCGAACACUCUGAACACCAUGUCGAGACAAUUCCAAGUUCUCCAAUGGAUGAUGACCAUGGUGAAACUGUGGAGGCAAACAUUACAGGUGAUUGUGAUAAUGCCGAAGGUGAAAUUGCUAUAGUUUCAGGGAAGAAAAGAUCCAUAGUGUGGAACCACUUUGAAAAGAAAAAGAUAAAAGGGGAAGACAAAGCAGUUUGCAAAUAUUGUCAUAAACCAUUAGGAGGAAAAAACACAAAUGGGACUAAGCAUCUACACGCACACAUGAAAAGAUGUCCUCGAUGUAAACAGCAAGACAUAAGACAAUCAAUAAUCACUCCGAGUAAAAAAAGUGACGGAAGAAGUCAGCUUAACACGUACAGUUUUGAUCAAUCGUUCGCUAGGAAGGAACUUGCUUAUAUGAUAACCAUACACGAGUAUCCGCUUUCCAUCGUUGAACAUGCCGGAUUUAGACGAUAUUCAAAUGCGCUUCAACCGUUGUUUAAGGUGGUAUCUCGAAGCACAGUUAAAAGGGAUAUCCUUAAAAUCUAUGAUGAAGAAAAAACUAAAACAAUGGAGGUGCUACAAAAACAUCAAGGUAAAAUUGCGUUGACUACUGAUAUGUGGACUAGUAAGCAAAAGAAAGGAUACAUGGUUAUUACGGCUCAUUUCAUCGAUGAAUCGUUGAUCUUGCAAAGCCGAAUUAUCAGGUUUAUGUAUGUGCCAUGUCCGCACACGGCUGAAGUCCUGUCAGCCGCAUUGAUGGAGUGUCUGCUAGACUGGAAUAUCGAUGGUAAAGUAUCCACUCUUACUGAUGAUAAUUGUUACACUAAUGAUCUUAUGAUCCAACUUCUCCUAGAAAAAUUAUCAAGUAACUUACUGUCGGGUGGAGAUAUUUUUCAUAUGCAUUGUUGUGCACACAUAUUAGCUCUUAUAGUCAAGAAAGGAUUAGAGGGGAUCAAAGGAGCAAUCGAAUUGAUUCGUAAUAGUGUUGCUUACUGGAAAGCAACACCAAAACGAGUUGAGAAAUUUGAAGAGGCCGCCCGUCAACUAAAUAUUUCGAGUAUAAAUAAGUUAGUUCUUGAUUGUGAGACAAGAUGGAACUCAACAUACCUGAUGCUUAAUACUGUUAUUAAGUAUCAGAAGGUUUUUGCUCGACUAAAGCAACGUGAGCCACAGUAUGAUUGUUUGCCAGAUGAUGAAGAUUAG